UUCAUCCAUUUCAGCCGUCCUCUGUGUAUUCGUCUGUCCAUUAUGCCGACUGUAAUGAGAGGCUUGAAAAAAGCUGCACACACAGAACCAGGUGGAAACAGAUCAACUGAACAUGAGGAUUGAUUUGGAGAUUUGACCGCAGGAAACGUCUGGAGGACAGAGGAUCGAUCAGCAUGACGGGUCCGCUGCACGAUUCCCACAGGUUGUCUGUGAAAACAUGGACGGAGGAGGAUAGUGAUCGUGCUGAGAGCACACUUAGCAGGGGACAGUCGAUAUGUGAUGACACUUCUUCAGAGCUGCAGCGAAUGGCCGCCAUCGAAAGGAAUUCCCAGAGUUCCUUUCGAGGCCGAGGGGCGCUGUCCAGAAUAGUGAGUAUGGUGAUGACUCUGAGGGAAUGGGCCCAGAAGAGUCUGGCCGAGGGGACGGAGCGGCCCGACUCCUUUUUGGAGCGCUUCAGGGGCCCGGCCAACACGGACCUACAGGCCCCGCCCAGCAGGUUUAGCCACACCCACACUGGUUCCGAGACAGAGAAUGAAGUCCGACGCUCCCGACGCACGAGGAGGAGGAAGUGGAAGGUUGUGGUUUUAUCGCCGUCUGAUGAUGCCUACUACAACUGGCUGAUAGUGAUUGGAGCGGCGGUGUUUUAUAACUUCACCCUAUUAGUUGUGAGGGCCUGUUUUGAUGAGCUUCAGAUGAAAAAUGUUCAGGUGUGGUUAGUCCUGGACUACAUCUGUGAUGGAGUCUACAUCCUGGAUAUUGCUGUCCGUCUCCACACAGGUUUUCUAGAUCAAGGCUUGUUGGUGAAGGACGUGCGUCGUCUGAGAGAAACCUACAUCCGAACGCUACAGUGCACCCUGGACAUCUGCUCCAUCCUCCCCACGGACCUCCUGUACCUCAUAGCCGGGAUGAGCUACACGCCUCUUCUCCGGUUCAACCGUCUGCUGCGGCUGUCGCGGCUCUUCGAGUUCUUUGAACGAACAGAAACACGCACGAGUUAUCCCAACGCAUUCCGCAUCUGCAAGCUAGUCCUGUAUAUCCUGGUCAUCAUCCACUGGAACGCCUGUGUGUACUACAGUUUCUCCAAAGUCCUGGGUCUGGGUUCCGACUCGUGGGUGUAUCCCAAUGCUUCCGACCCCGAGUUUGGCUCGCUCUCCAGAAGCUACAUAUACUGUCUGUACUGGUCCACUCUGACACUUACCACCAUCGGCGAGACCCCUCCGCCUGUCAGAGACGAGGAGUACCUGUUCUUGAUAUUUGACUUUCUGGUUGGCGUUCUGAUUUUUGCCUCCAUUGUUGGCAACGUUGGAUCCAUGAUCUCCAACAUGAAUGCAACGCGAGCGGGCUUUCAAACCCGUGUGGACGCCCUCAAACAUUACAUGCACUUUAGGCAUGUGAGCAAGGUCCUGGAGCAACGCGUCAUUCGCUGGUUUGACUACCUCUGGACCAAUCAGAAGACAGUUGACGAGCAAGAAGUGCUGAGGAGUUUGCCAAACAAACUGCGAGCAGAGAUCGCUAUUAAUGUCCACCUGGACACACUGAAGAAGGUGCGUAUUUUCCAGGAUUGCGAGGCCGGUCUCCUCGUAGAGUUGGUGUUAAAACUUCGGCCCCAGGUGUUCAGUCCUGGUGACUACAUCUGCAGAAAGGGCGAUGUGGGCAAGGAGAUGUACAUCAUCAAAGAGGGCCACCUGGCGGUGGUGGGGGACGACGGAGUCACCCAGUUCGCUGUGCUGACCGCAGGGAGCUGCUUCGGAGAAAUCAGCAUCCUGAACAUCAGCGGCAGCAAGAUGGGGAACAGGCGCACCGCUAACAUAAGGAGCCUGGGCUACUCUGACCUCUUCUGCCUCUCCAAACAAGAGCUGAUGGAGGCUCUGCAGGAGUUCCCCCACGCCAGGGCGCAGCUGGAGCAGAGGGGGCGGGACAUCCUGCAGAAGGAGGGGCUUCUGGAGGAAGUAAACGUGUUGGCCGGAGAAGAGCUGGAGGAGAAGAUGGAGAGGCUGGAAACCAGUCUGGACCGUCUGCAGACGUGUUUGGCGCGCCUGCAGAGUGAGUUCAACUCCUCCCAGCUCCGGCUGAAAAAGAGACUCACGGCCCUCGAGCGCAGCAUCACCACGGCAACCACCGGCAGCGGCUUCCUGUCGGACGCCGACGGCAGCGAGAGCGUCUCCGGCUGCGACUUCGUACGAAGCGAAAUCAACAUCCGGCUCUGAAUGGGGGCGUGUCGCGGUGGCGUAGUGGUUAGCGCGACCCAUGUUUGGAGGCCUUGAGUCCUCGACGUGGCCGUCGCGGGUUCGACUCCCGGACCCAGCGAUAUUGGCCGCAUGUUGUCCCUCCUCUCCUUCCACCUUUCCUGUCAGCCUACUUUCAUAUAAGGGACACUAGAGCCCACAAAAGAAAAACAAAAAAACAUCCGGCUCUGAAGACUCACCUCACGCAGCUGUCGGCAAAUAUUGUUAUUUUUUUUGGUUUGUUUUAUUUUCAACAGUUCGAUAUGUAGACUCAAAAUAAAGUAAAUUCCAAUACGGACCACAAUUUUUGGAUUUUUAUUUGCUGAAGACAAACAGAAAAGCGCACAGUGUUUCAUUUUACGCUUGUUUUUCUGUGCGACAUAAAAUACUUUGUAAAGUGGAAGGAUUGUUGGGUAUAAAAACGUUUUUUUUUUCUAAACUAACUUCUACUCUUCCGGAUUAAACCAUCUUGCAGAUAAAAUUACAAAUGUAAACUAACAUGCAGCAUAAAUAAAUCUUUAUAAUGAAUUGAGUAGAAAUAAAAUCCCAUCAUGCUUUUAGUUAGAACUACGAAUAAAUACUUUAGUUAAUAGGGAUCUUUUUUUGUUUGAUCUUGUUUUACUCUUUUGUAUUUGUCCUAAUGACGACGUUAUUGCCUUAAGAAUCCCACAUAAACCUUGUAUAUAAUUUAAGAUCAUAACUUAAUAUGUUUCAGCAUGAAGGCUGUGUGAAAGUGUUCGUUAAGGACACUGACACCUGUGUAAUGUGGUAACUCUGUAACCUGGAGUCAAUGUUAGCAAGCAAGUGGCUUCUGAUCAAAGUCCAACAGCACAAGUCUGCAAGGUAAGAGGAAGUGACUUCAGCAGACAGAGAACUCUCCAGGUUGAAAAGCAAUGCAGUUAAUAUCUCUGGUGCUGGGUGUGAUGCUGGUGUCUGCGGUGUCUGCUGCAAGCCAGCCUGGUUUCUUAGAGUCCAUCAUGCUGUCCAUCCAGCAGCGUCCCUGGCUCAUGGGUGUCUACGUCUUCGUCGUUGGACUUCCCCUCGUUCUCUUCGUCAGCUUCAUGUGGCCUGACAAGAGGUUCGGCCCACCCGACCAACCGUAUUACUACAAGAAAACGGAUGAUGCCCAACCAGACGACCCUGAGGUCUCCCCGCGGAGGAAAUCGGCAAAAACCAAAAGAUCGCAGAUCAGUGAACAGAGCUCCGCAGAGGAAACAUCAACUCACAAGAGAUUGCUGAGCAAACAGUAAUGCUCUCAGUGUGACUAACCUUACUGUUAUUGUAAAACUACUGCUGGGGCUGGAGCGGCGCUGUCAGGACUCAGUCUUGUAUAACUUAAGCUUCUGACUGUAAUGAGGACAAAUUAGAAGCUGCUCUGAACCUCACAUACGUGAAUAGAUCUGCAGCUUACAUUUCUUUUAGUAAUCGAUUAAACUGUCGAUUUUUCUGACAAUUAGUUGGUUAUUCUGACGAUUAAUCGCAUAAAUAAAAUUGCACAUUUUGCUGAUUUUUCUCUUCUUUUUUUUUUUUUUUACACAAUAUUAGGAAUACAUGAAAAAUGCAAACAUUGCAAUUCCUUUUUCUAAAUAAGAAAAUAAAUCUUUCAUUGCCUAAAAUGCAACAGCGGCUUUACUUUUUACUACAAAUGAUCAUUUGUAGUAAAAAAAAAAAAAACAUCAACAUGUGAGAAGCUCAGCCCUUUCUGCUCAACUUAACAUCAAUAGAGAAUUAAGCUAAUCUGUUGACUGUUUUAGGCUAACGGAGUAAAAACUGAACAGCAAAAGGAGCUGAUUGUUUAUUUUAACAGUUUUGAGUCAGUUACUACCCUGAGUGUGUUGUUCUUUCAGCAAAUGGCCUUUUAUUGAGAUUGUAUUUAGUUAGUACGUAGUUAGCGAUUAAUCGAUGACUCGACUUGUUGAUGAUUAUUUCAAUAAUCGAUUAAUCACAAUUAAUCUGAUUAAUCGUUUCAGCCCUAGACGUGACUACGACGUAUGCUGUCUGAUUGCUAAAUCUGAAUAAUAUCCAGCAUGCUGUUUAUCCUCAUUAAAAUGUAAAUGAAAACACAUAAAUGUGAGAUUUCAAAGUUAAUUAUAGAUUUACAUAUUUUAUUUUAUGUAAACAUCUCAUUUCCUGUCAGAAACAUAUGUGUUGGUUGGGUAAAAAUAUCAUUUUUAUACUUUAUAAAUUAAUAUUUCCUAGGUUAAUUGCAGUUUUUCAACCACACAUUUAGAUUCACCAGUCUAAAUUCACCUUCAGCAUCCAUUACAACGUUUCAGUUUAUGGUAAUAUUCUUCAUUAAUCACAAGACAAGAUGCUUUCUGUAUCAGAUACUAAGUUCUAUUUUUCUAAUACUUGUUUCAUGCAAUAAAAUGCUAAUUAUUUUCAAAAUCA